AAAUGGUCGUGUUGUAACAUUAUGCACAUACAGAACUGUAUAUUUUAAUUAUACUGUAUGUCAGAAGAGAUAGACGUAGGCUACGAUGAAUUUAGAAAUGUAGUUCAUAAGUACUUCAUGUUCAGAUGUAUUGAGGACUGAAAUUGUUUUAGUUUUGCGCGAAUCGGGGAUGACGAAGACACUUUAGGUUUAUUUGUUAAAUACACACGGAGGCCCAAAAUCCAGCACAGCAAUUGGAGAGAAUGGCUAUUUAAAACGUCAGAUGCCAAGCGCCAUAAAACGACUCAAAUCAGAUCGCUAAAAUGUUGUCUCCCAAAACACUUUUUGGAGGCGGGGCCGGUAGACGGGUACGCGGUUUCCCAUUGGCUCAAAGUAUGCAUGAUGAUGACGCAACCGUCAAACGCUUGAGGAACUGAUAAACCUCGACAGGAAAACCAAAGUAAGAUGGCUGCAAUCCGAAAGAAACUAGUAAUAGUUGGCGAUGGCGCAUGUGGCAAGACAUGUCUCCUCAUCGUGUUCAGCAAGGAUCAGUUCCCUGAGGUGUAUGUGCCAACAGUGUUUGAAAACUAUGUGGCGGAUAUCGAAGUGGACAAUAAACAGGUAGAGUUGGCUCUUUGGGACACCGCAGGUCAGGAGGAUUAUGACCGCCUGCGACCUCUCUCUUAUCCAGACACGGACGUCAUCCUUAUGUGCUUCUCCGUUGAUAGUCCUGAUAGUUUAGAGAACAUCCCUGAGAAGUGGACACCUGAGGUCAAGCACUUUUGUCCCAAUGUGCCCAUCAUUCUGGUGGGAAACAAGAAGGACCUGCGCAACGAUGAUCUCACACGCCGAGAACUGGCAAAGAUGAAACAGGAACCUGUGAAGUCAGAGGAAGGGAGAGAAAUGGCAAACCGAAUCUGUGCCUUUGGAUAUUUGGAGUGCUCAGCGAAGACCAAGGACGGUGUGAGGGAGGUGUUUGAAAUGGCCACUAGGGCAGCACUGCAGGCCAAGAGAAGAGGCAAAAAAAGCAUAUGUCUUCUGCUAUAAAGUACCGGAUCAUACAAGAAAGAAAUUAUAAGGGGAACCAAACAAGGCUGAGAAAAGCUAGCUCAUUGUUCUGAUAUGACUGUUUUGUUACCAAAAGGGGCCAAUUUAAAAGAGUUGAAAAUAUCAAACAGGCCAAAGGGGUGACAGUUAAGUAAUGUAAAAAGGGAGUAUUUACAUUCAAGUCCAAUAUUAUAACAAAUACAGUAUAUUUGUUUGACCAGAAUGUAUUCUUUUUCAUUCCUUUCCAGAGAUACAAAUGGUUACAUGCAGACUAGCAUUUCUUUUUAAUCAACUUUUUGUAUUAAAUUCUUCUUAAUCUACAUUUUGUACAACAAUUUACCCAAAAUAAAUGCUUCAAUUUAUUCAA